AUCCCACCCACUAAAGCUCCGCGAAAGGGUGUGCUUUUUGAAGGCUGUAUGAGGCUAUAAUACAGCUGCAGACAAGUCAAGUCGCCACUUGGUUUGACACCACGGGGGAAAAAAAGCCUCCGAGGCAGAGGGGGAGCAUACGCACAAGUACCCCCACCCCUCGCAUCCUCCGUCUGAGCUCAGCACAGGGUCUAGUCUCUCCGGACAUACCGUGGAGAUGCGGAACACACGAAGGUUAAUAUAAAAAAGUUGGUGUAGUCGGGGCACACGGUGAACACAUAAUGUGGCAGCUGUCGUGUAGCUUCUAUUCAAGGUCAGUAUCUGAGCACGGCCGCCUCACGGACGACUGUCUUAGGUAGGAGGGGGAGAGAGGAGACGCUGAAGGGAUGCCGCUGUGCCUCGUUUACCUCCAGCAUCAACGAUGACAUCUUCUACCGAAGAAGACGUUGAUCGUCAAUGACAAGGAAACGGACAAACUUGUGAAACGCUGCUACGAAGAGCAACUGGGGUCACUGGGCUGUUGUAAAAGGAAAAAAAGACACUCUUUCAGCAUCUUGGCGUUUCCUGCUUUCUUUCCACAACGUUAUGUGCUGGAAGCGGCUGUUUACCUGGCUACAACAAGCGAAGAAGUCUAGCUAGCUAACGUUAACUGACAUAAUGAGGGGUCUGUUUCUGUUUCGCAUUGCUUCAGUGUCAGUUUGACGAACUGACUGUCAGAAUCUUCUACGGUUGACGAGUUUUAACUAACGCGACACUACGAAGUGAUAACUGGCACAACUUCCUUAAACUUGCCCGGUUUUUCAAGCCGACUUGUUAAAAAAACCCAAACAAACUCGGAUUCAUUUUCAUUCAAGGUCGCCUUUGUUUUUCAGCAGUAAUGCCUUCCGGGACUGUGUCACACGGGGCUUCGGGCCGGCUUCGUGGACUGUUCUUGGUGAUGGUUUUAGUGUUUCUGGAGGGCUCCGUGUUUACCGUCGCUGUUGCCAGCUCCGACCAGCAUUCUCCUACCACGGCACACUCGGGCGGCCACAAAGCGACUGACCAUGGCAGUCACAACAACACUGGAAAGGCUUUCCCUGUGCUAGACUUGAACUACGAAAACGUACGGGUCCCGUUUGAAAUCUCAUUAUGGGUCCUCCUUGCCUCUUUGAUGAAAUUAGGGUUCCAUCUGGUUCCUCACUUAUCCAACAUUGUGCCAGAGAGCUGCCUGUUGAUCGUGGUGGGCUUGCUGGUAGGGGGAAUCAUCAGAGGUACUGGUGAAACAGUCCCACCAGUAAUGGACUCUAAAUUGUUUUUUUACAUCCUGCUUCCCCCCAUUAUCCUGGAUGCUGGCUACUUCCUGCCCAUCCGUCCCUUCAUGGAGAACCUGGGCACAAUCCUGAUAUUUGCUGUCGUGGGUACUCUUUGGAAUGCCUUCUUUGUUGGGGGCUUGCUAUAUGGUGUGUGUCAGAUUGGUACAGAAACCAGUUCAAUCCUUAGCAGAAUAGGGCUUCUGCAGUGCCUGCUCUUUGGUUCCAUCAUAUCAGCUGUGGAUCCUGUUGCUGUGCUUGCUGUGUUUGAGGAGAUCCACAUCAAUGAGCUCUUGCACAUCCUGGUGUUUGGCGAAUCACUACUCAAUGAUGCCGUAACUGUGGUAUUGUACCACCUUUUUGAGGAGUUUUCAGGCAUUGGCUCAGUGACGUUGUUGAAAGGCUUCCUGGGAGUCAUCUCCUUCUUUGUAGUCGCCCUGGGUGGCGUUCUAGUUGGAGUUCUGUACGGGAUCCUCGCUGCCUUCACCUCACGCUUCACGUCCCACACGCGCGUCAUCGAGCCUCUUUUUGUCUUUUUGUACAGCUACAUGGCCUACUUGUCUGCUGAGAUAUUCCACCUCUCCGGCAUCAUGGCGUUAAUAGCAUGCGGCGCCGUGAUGCGACCCUAUGUGGAGGCCAACAUAUCCCACAAGUCCCACACCACCAUUAAAUACUUCUUGAAAAUGUGGAGCAGUGUCAGUGAGACUCUAAUCUUUAUUUUUCUGGGAGUGGCCACGGUUGCCGGACCUCACGAUUGGAACUGGACCUUCGUCACUGUCACAGUCAUUCUGUGUCUUGUUGCACGGGUUAUAGGUGUUGUUGGUCUGACCUUUAUAAUCAACAAGUUCCGCAUUGUCAAGCUGACCACCAAGGAUCAGUUCAUUAUAGCCUACGGUGGCCUGCGAGGUGCCAUCGCCUUCUCCCUUGGUUUCCUGCUUAAAAAAGAACACUUUCCUGAGAGGGAAAUUUUCCUCACUGCCAUUAUCACUGUGAUUUUUUUCACUGUGUUUGUUCAGGGCAUGACCAUCAAACCCCUGGUGGAGCUGCUGGCGGUGAAGAAAAAACAAGAGGCCAAACGCUCCAUUAAUGAAGAGAUCCACACCCAGUUCCUUGACCACUUACUCACUGGCAUCGAGGAUAUCUGUGGACACUAUGGACAUCACCACUGGAAGGACAAACUCAACCGCUUCAACAAGAAGUAUGUGAAGAAGUGCCUGAUUGCCGGCGAACGCUCCAAGGAGCCGCAGCUCAUUGCCUUCUACCACAAGAUGGAGAUGAAACAGGCCAUUCAGCUGGUGGAGAGUGGAGGGGGAAUCAAGAUGCCUUCUGCUGUGCCUUCCACUGUUUCCAUGCAGAACAUUCAGCCCAGGCCUCCUACCAAGCCUGCACCAGAGCGAGCUAUUCCACAGCUGUCUAAAAACAAAGAGGAGGAAAUCCGGAAAAUCCUCAGGACCAACCUUCAGAGGACACGACAGAGGCUGCGCUCGUAUAACAGACACACACUGGUGGCCGAUCCUUACGAGGAUGGACUCAGCGAUUUAUUCCUAAAGAAGCAAAAGAUGUUUCAGAUAGAGAAGAAGUUAAAGGAGAUGAAUACCUACCUGACGGUCCCUGCCCCUCCCCCUGAUUCCCCGACCAUGUGCAGAGCCAGACUGGCCUCAGGCAAACAUACUGAUUUCAAACCUGAUCAGGUGCAAAAAGGAAACAAAAUGUGUUCAGACCCGCAAGCCUACAGCAUUAAGCCUGCAUCGAACAAGGUGCCCAUGAUCCAGGUAGACCUGGCCUCUCCUCAGUCUCCAGACUCAGUUAAUCUGUUGGAUGAGUUCGGACAGGCUAACCAGCAGGAGGAGGAGGAGCAGGGCCUGAUGAUGAAGCCCCCGUCGAGGCCACGGGAAGCUAAAAAGCCGAGUGAAGAGGAUGAAGCAAAAGAUCCGCAGAAAUUAAUGAGGUGUCUGAGCGACCCUGGUCCCAGUGCAGACGAAGAUGAGGAUGGGGCCUUCCUCCCCUGAGACGACAGGCCAGUUAUAGAACGGUCAGGCUGCAGCCCUCCUUUACUAGUUAGAGGGAAGAGGGCUGCUUCACCGCUCUGCUCUAAAUUAUGUCUUUGGUUCAGAAACCAACAAGCCAAAACUGCAAAUGCUGUAUGAACGGGAAACAAAAAGCAAAAGGAGAGUUCCUGAGAACGGCAGGGGGAAGAGUCAUUAGUUUGUGAUUCUCAUUGCUCUUUAUUUUAUUAGGUAGCAGUGGUAGAGCGACAGCUGGAGAUGGUGGAGGGUUUUGAUGAAAGUCUGAGACAUUCAGGAAAGAACUAUGCAUUACCAAAGGUUUGGACUGUUCCAGUUUCAGACGAUCUUGUUUUUACUUUAGCGUCAGACGGUUUUUUUUUUUGUCUUGAUGAUAGCGUGGUUGUUAGUUUUAUGUUUGGUUAUGUUUUUACAGCUUCUGUCUUCAAAAACCACGUUCUCACUUGCUGGGUAAGCCACAAAAACAACUUCAGCCUAGUUUUGACUUUUAUUGCACUCGAGUUUCUCGCUGUCAUUCUGUCACUUAAAGUUCCUGGGCACCCAAUCGUUUAGAUUGUAGCUUUUUAGAAAUUUCUAGGCCUUAUUUGAUGUCAAACCUUUUCACUUGGUGCAUUUUUAAAAAUCGUAUCUGUUUUUUAUGACAUAUUUUAAUUUCAGGGACGCAAACAUCUGUUUGUAGGUUAUGGGUUGAAAGCUGGAUGUUUUUUAGUCACAGUGUACACCACGGUUGUUUUCCUGUCUGUUGAGCUACUUUAUGGGGUCUACAACACCUACAUACCCGAAGAGUUUUACAAAUUUCUUAGGCCGUAAAGCAGUGCAGAUGUUUUGAUCUGCCAGUAUACAUAUUAAUUCUCCACCCAAGUUAAAUCACAUAUUGUCAUAUCCUUAUAUGUAUGUUUUAUUUUUAGUUAAUAAGACCCUUUAAAACUCACUCAAGCAUCAGUAGAGUUGUCAAAGUAGAUGUUAUUAAUAUACUGCCCAUCAGCUUUCACACUCCUCAUAUUUUAGACCUCCAUAUGUAUUUUAAAGACCUUUUAACCUUUUUUUUUUUUUUUGUAACUGGCCUCAUUGAGAAGCAUUUUUGCCUCGCAUUAUUGUUGAGGGUAUAACAAGACUUGAGAAUUGAGGGUUAGUUUGUGCAGAAAUCAGUCCAUGCCUCCUAACCUUCUUUAAAACGCUAUGACUGCAGGCAUGUCAUGGCAAAAACAAAUCAAACUCUAUGCAGCUCUGUAACAAAUUCAGACUAAACAUAAAUGCUAUAUUAAUGAAUACCACUCAUAAAUUAUGGCUUAUCCACAUCAUUGCUAAAGGCAAAGUUAAAAUCUACCCCUGGCAUUAAGACAGUCUUUCCGCUUGACUAGAGUUUUUUUGCACAUCUAAGCAAGACUGAAACAUUACCUGCAGGCAUGAAAACUGAGUCUAGUGUUUCUUUGAUAUUCUUUAUGGUUGAACAGUGUGUUUGUAAAAUCCAUCCACAUCUUUUUACAGAGCUACUCAGUGAUUUGGAAUAUAUAACAUUAGUUAUUUAAGUUACUGAUGCGAUAAAUUGCUGAUUCCUGCUUGUCUGGUUAAAUUCAAUAAAAGGACAGUGGCCGAUGCCACAGAGUUAUUAGACGCGGGUGAAAGAACAACUCACGGGUUUAAAAUCACAUCGCUUGAAUCGAGUGAUGAAUUCGGCAUUGGAAAAAAGUGAAUUAACUAAGUGAGUGUAUCACUAUUCUAGGUUGUUUUCUUGGUGUAAUUAACAACUGAACCCUUUUCAAGGUUCUUAAACCACAAACCUCACGUUACACCCGAGGAAAGAAUAGAAGCGCCUGACUGUCUUUAGCUCCUCCUCCGAUCAUCUGCAAAUUUUAGACGUGGUUACUGUAGCAGGGGUUGUAGGAUCACAUGCACUCAUCUUAAUGCACUUGAAAGGGAGUAAAUCUCAGCAUAGCUACACCAUUGCAGUUGAGUUUGGUUGUCUAAAAUCAGUUACAGCUCACAGACCUUUAAACAUCUCACUUCCCUGUUUCCUGACUAAAUUGAAUUUCCCUUUGCUCUGAAAUGUCAGCAUGUCUGUUAGACUAUCGGGAGAUAUGUGGUGAAAAUGUCAACAAGGAUGUGGUCAAAGACCAAAGAAUUGUACCAGAACCUGACUUGCAGAACAACCCUCCAACUUCCUCUCUUUAAAGUUCCCUUAAAGGCUAUAACAUUUACACGCAGCUUUUAUGGCCGUCUAAAUUGGUGUUGAACUGAAAUUGCUGAAAUCUUGAGAGUCGUUUCUCUACAUCUCUUUAUCAUCAUCCCAGGUGAUCUAUGUUUUAGCAACUUAAAGGCACUUUGCUCUUAACCCUUUACUGCUUUGCAGAGUCUGACUAUUAGAUUUUAGGAAAGUUGCAACAAGUAAUACAUUUCUAAAAGGACUCCUACUUAUUAGUAUGUUUAACUGUUUAGAUGCAAAGCAGGUACCAGUGUUCAAAUUCUGUCCAAUUACAACACGCUCACAAUACCUGUGCAUGUGAUCAAGCAGAGGGAAGCCAAAGGAGGCACAUUUAGAUUAAAGCAGUUCCUAUAACAAGACGCCACAUCGUUAUUUAUUAUAUUGUAUUGUUAUGUUAUUCCAAAGAGUUGAAUUUCUCCAAAAAAGGAAGAAAACAAAGAAAAAAGAGAGAAACCUUUAUUUUUCAUACCAAAUGCAUAUUUUGGGCAAACGUUAUCCCACUCCAUGGAGGGUAAUGUUUGGUGCAGAAAACUUUAAACAGAAGCCAUACAGCCUAUAGAAGAACCUAUUUUAUUGUAACCAUAUAUAUUAUAAAACGUCAUGUAAUGAU